GUCGCCAUAUUGCGACGAAAAGGGAAGCUGUAAUCGUGAAUCGUCGCGAUAAGCGACUUUGUGAUAUCUAUUUUGCAUUUAAAAUUUAUUAUUUACAAUAUCUGAGUGGAAUUUUAUGAUAUAUUAUCUUAAUUACACAUUACUUUUUUAAAAUAUUGGAUUUAUUUUUAUAUAAUAUUUUCAUUACCUUUAAUAUUUCUAUUCUAAAGUCUGAAACGUAAUCAGAUAUUGAAAUAUUUUAAUGUGAAUAUGGCUCAUUAACCAUUGUUAACAUGAAUCCUGAAAGUUGCUACUCUGCUCCAAAAGGAGUUAUUUUCACUUUUAAUCUCAUCAUUAUUAAACCUGGACACAGAUUUUACAGAAGUGGGCGGAAUGGAGAAAGGAAAUCAACGAAGUUCAUCAGCUUCUAAGUCAAAUUCAGAAACUCAAGCCAAAAACAAACAAGAUGUUACCAAUAAAUAUUUACGUUUACCAAGAUUCAGAGAGAGCAUAUCACCACGUACUGAAACCAGGAGGAAGCCUAAUCCUCAAAAAAGCAGAGAAUUAUUUGAUAAAAGACCAAGAAAUAAGACUGGAGCUGUUUAUGAAAGAUAUAGGAGUGAGAUAGAUGUAGAUGUAUUAGAUGAACCACAUAACAAACAAGGAUGUAAAAAAAUGAACCUGAAUCAUCUCUUAAAUUUUACUCUUGCACCCAUGGAUAAUAGGGAUGUACAAAAUGGAAGACGAGGAAUAUAUAAUCGAAAAAUUAAGUUUCCUAAGUACAAUAAGGAGUUGUUCUUACAAGCAAACUGUCAGUUUGUUGCCCGAGAUUAUGGGAACUUUUUGGUGCAUCAGAAAAAUCCCGAUUUGCUUGUGGAAUGGCCAUUGAUUGAAGAAAUUCGUUUGCCUAGCCAUGAAGUGCCAUUAUGCCCAAUAUGUUUGUAUAUCCCAGUUGCUGCAAAGAUUACUAAAUGUGGUCAUAUAUAUUGCUGGCCUUGCAUUCUUCACUAUUUGUCUUUAACUGAUCGAACAUGGCAAAAAUGCCCUAUAUGUUUUGAAGCCGUUCACAAAAAUGAAUUAAAAAGUGUUUCAGUUACAAUCCGAAAGCCUUUCGUUAUUGGGGAUGAAAUUGUGAUGUGCUUGAUGAAGCGAGCUAAAGAUUCUUUGCUGCCUCUUCCUGUAACUCAUGAGAGCCCAAAGCAUUUUAUUUGCAAUAUUAAGGAUGAUGACUUGCUUACAAGAUACCAAAAGCUGCUUUUGGCUAACAGAGAAGAUAUUAAAGCUAUCAUAAACAGAGAAUUUGUAGAAUUAAAAGAAGCUUAUGAAAAGGAGAAGGAUGCACCUGAAGCUUGCUUCAUUGAAUCUGCAUUAAAGCUGCUUGAAGAAAGAGAAAACAACUUGGAUGGGCAGAUUUUCAAUAACUGUGGAACUGAAAAACAUAUUGAUGAAGUAACUAAUUUAAAUAAUGCUGUUGCUCGCAAACAUCUUGAAUCUUUAAGUUCAACUGAUUCUCAUGAUGAAAUAUUUCAAAUUGAUAUGACAGAGCACUCUGAAAUUUCAAAUGAAAUUCCUCUGAAUUUGAAUCAAAAUCCAGAACCAUUGCUUGACUCUGAUAAAAAGGGAAAUUGUUUUUUUUACCAAGCUGAAGACGGACAGCACCUUUAUCUGCACAAUAUUAAUGUACGUAUGCUUCUGAAAGAAUACGGAUCCUUAGAAUUUGCUCCACCAAUCAUAAAAGCCAAAAUUGUGGAAAUUGAAAGAGUAUCUAUGACUGAGGUUUUAAGAAAAAGACUUCGCUAUCUUCAUCAUUUGCCUUUGACAUGUGAAUUUCAAAUUGUAGAGUUAAAUUUUUUUCACCUACUGUCAAAGCCAGUUAUUCUGCAGUUUAAAAGUGAAAUAAAUAAAAGAAAACAUCUUCGCAGUAAAAAAGCUUCUGAUGAAAGACGGAGAGAAAAAUUCAUUGAACAAGAAGAAAAUAAAAAACUUGGAAAAUAUCCCAAAGCUACAUAUAACUUAAAGAGUGCUGAUCAAUUUCCAGUUUAUGAUCCAAAUGACUUUCAGUCACUGUCACCGCCAAAAUCUGAUAGCUCAGCAAAUCAAAAUGUUGAUGAGAAUGUUAUGAAUACAUAUUUUGAAAACAAUAACGAUAAUGCUUCCAGCCCAGUCAAUUCUUUUUCUGAAACAUCAUCAAUGGCUUCUUUUGCACAGAUGUUAAAAGAUGGCCCCAAAACAUUUUCUAAAAUAUUUGAGAAAAAUAAAGAAAGUCCUCCACCUACCAUCCCACCACAGCAAAACAAUGAUUCAGAUGCGGAUGAGUAUGUUCCAGCACCUGAAUAUCAUCAGUCUUUUAGUGAUGCUAUCCAAGCGGCUCUGGAUUCAGUUUCGAUUCAAGAUUCUUCUGAUAAGAACCAAAAGCAAUCAAAGAAGAAAAAAGGGAAAAAGCAACUUUUAUUUACUACAUCAAUGUGUCGUAACAAAUGAUGGGAAGAUAACUUUGUUCACUGGACAUCUGCAAAUAUUUAAAAAAGUUUUUAUUUACAAUAAUAUAUGUUGGUGUAGAUUGCGGAUAACCAAAGUGAAAUCAGUAAGCAGCAAUGUUAUUCUGUGAUGUUAUAAUUUUGUUACUUGUGAUGUAUAUUUGUUAUUGGCUGAAUUAAAGUUACAUUGACUUUCGAA